UAUUUCUCUGGCCCAGCUCUCUAAGACUUAUGUGAAAUCAUUACUGCCCUAUCGCACAGACGGCCAACCUUGCUGAGGCGAACGCGUCUGAAGAAGACAAAAUUAAAGCCAUGAUGUCCCAGUCUAACCAUGACUAUGAUCCCAUUCAUUACAUGAAGAAGCUGGUCGGACCCCCUCCCCCAAACUACACCUGUUUCCGUUGUGGGAAGAAUGGACACUACAUACGAAACUGCCCGACCAAUGGGCAGGACAAAAGCUUCGAGGCGCCGCAGAGGAUCAAGAAGAGCACGGGCAUCCCUCGGAGCUUCAUGAUGGAGGUGGACGACCCCAGCAUGAAGGGCGCCAUGCUGACCAACACGGGCCGCUACGCCAUCCCCACCAUCGACGCGGAGGCCUAUGCGAUUGGGAAGAAGGAGAAGCCACCCUUCCUCCCGCGGGAGCAGUCCUCCUCUUCGGAGGACGAAGACCCCGUGCCGGACGAGCUGCUUUGCCUCAUCUGUAAGGACCUGAUGGCGGACGCCGUGGUGAUUCCCUGCUGCGGGAACAGCUACUGCGACGAGUGCAUACGGACAAGCCUCCUUGAAUCAGAAGAGCACAUGUGUCCUACCUGCAACCAAUCAGAUGUGUCGCCUGAUGCAUUAAUCGCCAACAAGUUCCUGCGCCAGGCUGUGAAUAACUUCAAGAAUGAGACUGGUUACACCAAGCGAAUGCGGAAAGGGCCGCCCCAGCCCCCCGCCCCUGCGGCCCCGCCCCAGCCCGUUCUGCAGCGCCCCGUCCAGCCCAUCAGACCCCCCACCUCCCGACAGCAGGACCCCCUGAUGGCCAACGUGCCUCGUCCCGUGACGGUGGACACCCCCCCGCCCCCCGUCGUGCCGCCGAGUGCAGCCCCCGCCCAGGCCGUACACCCGCCCUCUGGAGCGGCCCACUCCGCCAGCAACAGCCCCGCCCUGCAGACCAGCGCCGCCGCCCCCCCGCCCUCCAGCUUCAGCAGCCCCACCCCCUCCCCUCAGCGCACCAUCAAGCAGGAGGAGAAACUGCCGCCCAAAGAGCUGGAGAGCGUGGCUCCUGCACCAUCAGUUCUGGUGUCAGCAGAGCCUCCUUUGCCCACGCCAGUCAUUCCAAAGGGAUACCACGUACCUGUCAUUGGCCCACCUCACAUCCCCAGCCACAACAUCCCCAGACCCGUACAUCCACCAAGGCCCAACUUACCCCGACCUGGACCUGGAGGAAGACCACCAUGGGAAAUGUCCUCUGGGAGGGGCCGGCCCCACGGCGACCGCCCCCCUCGAUCGCAGGCCCCGCCCAUCCCGGCGGCCAUGCCGCCCGCCCCCCCGGUCUACAUGCCCCCGUCUCUCUUCGCCCAGCCCCAGCACCCCAUGCCCCAGCCCCCCGGCGUGGCCCCGCAGCAGUACCCCCUGCAGUACCCCCCGGGGCAGCCCCCCGCUGCCAACUACAACGUGCCGCCCCCCGUCUACAACCCUGCCCCCGCCAACGUGGCUGCCCCCUGGGUGCCCCCCGGGACCCAGCCCCCCAUAAACAACGCCAUUCCCCCCCUCGCCUCUGCCCCCUUCCUCUCCAAGGAGGAGUUCUACAGACAGCAGCGGCGGCUGAAGGAAGAUUCGCACUGUCGAUUCGUUGCCAGGGAGAAGUCUAAACUAGAGGAAUUCACCAACGACUUUGCAAAAGAGCUUCUGGAGUACAGAAAGAUCCAGAAAGAAAGGAGACGAUCCUAUUCCAGGUCAAAGUCCCCCUACAGAGGCUCAUCGUAUAGCGGCAGCUCGUAUUCCUACUCCAAAUCCCGCUCCCGGUCACGUUCCAUACGCUCAUACUCGCGGUCCCUGAGCCGCUCGCGGUCCAGAUCACGGUCCAGGUCGCGGUCCCGGUCCCGUUCCUACUCCCCGUACCCCCGCCGGGGCGGGCGGGGCCGAAGCAGGAGCUACCGCUCCCGGUCUCGUUCCCAUGGUUACCACCGCUCUCGCACACGCUCGCCGUCCUACCGGGGUCGGGACGGGGCCGGGGGCAGCGGGGCCUACCGUUCACGGUCCAGGUCGCCCGGCGGCUACCGGAGCCACACCCCAAACAAGAAAUCCGGACCUCCUUUGCAGCCUGAGGGAGACCGUGAUCGCAAGUUCCCGAACCGAUUCCGGGAGGCGCCAGCUUACGACGGGAAGGCCUUCUACGGACGUGGCUCGGAGCAAGGCGACCAGUUUGAGCGAGACCGCUACCGCGAGUGGGAGAGGGAGUACCGGGAGUGGUACGAUAAGUACUUCAAGGGCUACAACAACCCCCCUGAAGGAGGAGGCGGAAGAGGUGGAGGAGCGGGAGUUGGGCCCAUGCCCAGGGGUGGUAGGGGCCCCCCACCUGGCCGCGAACCUUUCCCCCCUGAGCGCUUUGCCCCACCCCGCCCCCGGGAGAACUCCCCAUACGGUCGUGGAAGGAGGGGUGAAGAGUUCCCGGUCCCGCCCCAGGGCCACCUGCACCCCCAUGCACUGCUCCCCAGGGGGCGAAACAUCCCCCUAACCUACCAGGAGAAGUUUGCCUUAAAGGAGGCCCAAGGGUUGGCCAUGGGAGUUCCUGGGCCUGGAAGAGGGGGUAGCAAAGAGCUCCAGAAGGUACCUAAGGAGAAGGAGACAGGCGGGGCGGGGCCGUCGGCCGACCCCAAAGCCCUGAAGCACAAGAAGCACCGCAAGAAGAGGAAAGGAGAAGACGGGGGCGACGGGUUCAGCCAGUCGGACUCCAUGGAGGACAGCGUGGGCGGAUCCCGCAAGGACGAUCGGCAGAAGGGAGGCGACUCCAUGCUCAUGGCGUCCACCCGCGACGACGCCACGCCGGUGCGAGACGAGCCCAUGGACGGCUCGGCCCCGCCGCCCUACAAAGCCUCGUCCUCCUCUGAGCGCGACCGGCGAGACAAGGCCGGGGCCAAGGGCAAAGGCGAGAAGACCAAGCGCAAGGGCGACAGCGGACAGAAGAAAGAGUCCACCAAAACCGCUAGCACGGCAACCGCCACUUCGUCCUCCAAGACCUCCCGGGAGAAGGAAAGCGACGCCGACAGGGACAAGUCCCCUCGUUCUGAACCGCCGGCCAAGAAGCACAAGGAGGACCCCUCCCUCAAAGGAGACACGACCAAGCCCCACCCGUCCCAGAGGGGUGACGUGUCCCAGAGGGGUGACCCGUCCCUCCGGGCGGGCCCCAAACCCACCAAGCCGCACCAGGACCCCAAAGCCUCCAAAGAUGCCCGGGACGUCCGGGUGAAGAAGGAGCCCGUCGCUAAAGACUCCACCACUGCCGCCGCUUCCGCCCCCAGCGCCGCGGCGAAGCACGACAAGCCCCGUCGUGACGCCGAGAAGCCGCCGGCGAAGGCCAGCGAGGCCAAGCCUGACAAACGCAAGCGCAGGGACGAGAAGGAGCCGGACCCCGCCUCCGUGCUUAAGGGGACCCGCGGGGUCGGGCCGGACGCGGCCGACGUCGCCAAGGGAUCCCCCAAGCCCAAGCCCAAGACUGAGAGCGAGAAGCAGGCGGAGAGAGAGCGGGAGCGGGAGAGGGAGCGCGAAAAGGAGCGGGAGCGGCCUGCCAUCCGGCCGCUGAUGGAGAAGGAGAUCAAACCCGUGCCGCUGAGGAAGAUCAAGAUCAACCGCGAGAUCGGCAAGAAGAUCGGCAGCGUGGAGAUGGCCCCUGUGCCGGAGGAGCCCAGCAACGGAGCCGGGAAGGGCAGGCCGGACCGAAGCAAGAGCAAGAUGCGCAGGAAGAUGCCAGCCAUGGACGCCUCCGGCUCCCUGCUGGUGGACUACACCAGCACCAGCUCGACCGGAGGCAGCCCCAUUAAGAGGCUGGAGGAGAGGCAGGACCUGAGGAAAACUGUGGUGAAGACGCUGGAGGAGUACACCAACGACAGCUCCACCCCGGCUGAGGAUGAGAUCGUCAUGAUCCAGGUGCCGCGCUCCAAGUGGGAGAAGGAGGACUUUGAGUCCGACGACGAAGAGGGGCGGGCGUCUGGAGCGCCCCCUGGUGAAGCCCCGCCCUCCGUUCCUGCCGUCCCCGCCCCCAACGCCGCUUCUACCUCUGCUGCCCCGGCCCCCUCUGCCCCUGCCGCCGAGGGCGUGACCGUCAAGCCCCCCGACAAGGAUACUGACACGCCCCCUCCGGAGAGACCCCCCUCCGUGGCCCAGGAGCCGGUGGAGGCCCCCCAGCCUGACGACAAGCCGGCAAGGGUCUCAACCCCUGGCGAGAAGGAACGGGAGAAGGAGAAGGACAGGGAGAGAGAGCGGGAGAGGGAAAGGGAGAGGGAGAGGGACAGGGAGAAGGUGAAAGAAAGGGAGCGUAGUGCAGGUGGUGGAGUUUCCGACAGGGAGGCGGUGCCGGACAAGCGGAAGCCCGUCCCUUCAACCUCCGGCUCAGAUCGGGAGAGGAACCAGGAGCGAGGCAGUGACCAUGGCAACGAGAAGAGCAGCUCCUCUUCCUCCUCCUCGUCCCGGGACAGGCCCUCGGAGAAGCCCGACCCUGUCCCCCGGAAAGCACAGGGAGGUGCCUCCUCUGCAUCCGGGGAGAGGAAACUGGAGCACAAAUCUGGAGCCAGGGACCAUUCUGGCUCAAAGUACAAGGACCUGAAGCCCAGAGACCCUGUGAAGAGACGAGAGUCUCCACCCCCGCAGAAAGAACAGGCCGCGCCCCCGAGGGUCCGGGAUCGAGACGCUCCACAACAUGGCGAUGGGGCCAAGAGAGGCGGGCCGGAGUCCCGCCGAACCGACUACAGCCCCGUGCGGGACAAGCGGCCGCCCUCAAACGCUGGUGGCCCCGAGCCCAAACGACCAUCCGACAAGGAGAGUGCGCCCAGCCGCCACACCGAUGCCCCCGCCAGGGGCGCCAAAGAGCGCGAGCACAGCACUGCUCAUAAAGCGACCCACCGCGGCGCGGGGUCUCCCGAGGAGAGGGUGGGACGCGGAGGCGAACGCGGGGAGCACCUCAAGGCCAAGGCCCCGCCGUCCGCUCGCUCGACCCGGCUCUCCUCCGACCUGACCCGCGAGACGGACGAGGCCGCAUUCGUGCCCGACUACAGCGAGAGCGACAGCGAGGACGCCUCCGACGGCGAGGGGCCCGGCCGGGGGGCGGAGCCAGGCCGCGCGGGCGGAGCCAGCAGCCCCAGCGCCAGCCAGAGCCCUUCGGGAAGCCCCGCCCACAGCAGCAGCGGCGGCAGCUCGCCGGGCAGCCAGGACAAGAAGAAGAAGGAGAAGAAAGACAAGAAGGACAAGAAGAAGCACAAGAAACACAAGAAACACAAAAAACACAAGAAGCACGGCGUGGGCAAUGAGUCCGACUCCGAGCUGAAGGGACAGAAACACAAACACAAGAAGAAGAAAUCCAAGAAGAACAAAGAAAAGGACAAAGAUGAAAAGGAAAAAGAUGACCAAAAACCCAAACUGGCUGAAUCUUGAUAGACACGGACAGUUGAUCAAAUUCACCCAAGUACUAAUUUUUUUUGUUUUGUUUUUUUUGGGUCUUUUUUGUAACAAUGUCGGUGUAUAUUGUACAGAUUUUUUUUUUUCUUUUUUCUUUUUUGGGUUGUACAUAUGCAUAUAGAUGAAUAUGCUGCACGUAAUAACUACUGCUCAGCUGAGUUUUUUUGGUUUUUGUUUUUUUAAUCCAUUUUUGUCUUCUGAGGGUUAUACAAAUGCAAAAAUUGUACAGAAAUGUUCAUUUGACCAUGCAGAAAGAGAAUGUUCAGCUCUGGUGUUGAGAUUUAGCUACUUGAAUGGAGGUGAAUUUAUUUAUGUCAUCAGCCUUUUAAGGAUCUUUGGGGAGCAGGGGGGUGCGGGUGGGUCUUGCCUGAGGUAAGUCUGUUUCUGAAAUCAUUUCAGAGGUUUUUUGGAUUACAGGAGAGUACUAAAUUAUCAUAUAGGAAUUCUUCAUCUCUAAAGCAAUUGCUAUAGCACUUUACAAACACAAAUUUCAACAUUAUCACACAGACUGAUGAAGCAAAUUCUUCAUAUCUGGACAUAGUACCCAGGAUGCAUUAGCCCUUUAAUUAUGGCACUGUGGCGAGCAUUCUUACGGACAGAACUGGAUCGUUAUUUUAAUGAAUUCUGGCAUGGCGAGGCAUCCUUAUAAGUAGGCGUGGGAUUUGUUGUACUGUGAAUUUUUUUCCUCUGCAUUUUUUCACCCCCGCUUAUGUCACAUUGCCUUCAUGUUUCAUUUAAACCACCAGCUGAAUUCUAGAGGGAAGAAGGCCUUUCUAUGUUUUGAUGACAAUAAAUUUUUUUCAGCAAAACUUUGAA